GUGACGCGGGGCGUUCGAGGUCGGCGACUAACGAAUUUGUUGGCGCCCGCGUGAGAAAAAGAAGAGGGGGAGGGCGGGCACGCACCCAGCCCCGCAGCAUUUGUUGGCAUGCGGGGAUGCGGCGCCGAGGACUGCGGAGAAGACGCGACUUCUCCUCUGCCUCCUGGAGUUUCAAUGCCCCCUGGCUUGCUCUGGCAUUGUCCCUAUUGCAGGGACACCCCUUAGUUCAUUCUUCUGCCAGAAUAGAUCCUAGUACACUGAAAGUUGUAGGAUCAACGAAUUUACCAGUCAAAGUUUAUGUCAGGCAGCAUCAUAACAGUCCACAUAUUCUGUGUUUAACAAAUCAUCUGAGAAAUUCAGAAUUGAUCGAUCCAAUAUUUGAGUGGCAUGGACCAAGCGGUGAUUUGGUUACAGGAAAUGAAUCUGUGACAAUAUCACCAACAGGAACUCUUCUAUUCCGACAUUUCAAAUCUUAUAUGAGUGGAAUUUACACAUGUUCCCUAGUGUUUAAGCCUACUACUGAGCAAGAAGAAAAAAGCUAUUUAAUCAAAUAUGUUAUUUAUGCUUAUUCUGAUCCUAGCUUUUACUAUGAGUUUACAGCACGAUAUCAUUCAGCUCCCUGCAAUAGUAUCUAUAAUAGUUCUUUUGAAAAGAAGUUGCUUCAGAUACUGGCCAAGCUUGUCAUGGAGUUAGCCUGUGAGGUGUCAUUGCAGAAGUCUGAAUGCCAUCAUGUAAAAAUGCAGAGAGCUGGAAUGCAAAAUGAGAUCUUUUUUACUUUUAAAGUUUCUUCUCUAGAAGCAGUAAAAGGCAAAACUGUGUGUCAGAGCAGUGUAUGCGAUGUAACAAGAAGAUUACGAAAGGCAAAAGACCUAAUAGAGAAAUUUUUUAGCCAACAAGUUGAAGUUCUUGGGAAAAGAACAGCACCGCUACCUGAAAUAUACUACAUUGAAGGCACUCUGCAAAUGGUGUGGGUUAAUCGCUGUUUUCCAGGCUAUGGAAUUAAUUCUCUACUACAUCCAGACUGCCCUAAUUGUUGUGUGGUUUGCAGUCCAGGAUCAUUCAACCCUCACGAAGGAACUCAUUGUCUUCAGUGCAACAGAAGUCUGGCAUAUGGAACCAAACAUUGUUACUAGAAUGUCAGCAUAAUCCUUUUGCUAUAUGUAGUAACAUUCAUGUACUUUAUAACUUUGUAAUCCAAAUAAAAGGAUUUUU